CAUCAACCUACAUUUAUGACAGCACCUCUGAAUGUGUUUUCAAUUUCACUCAUCAACCAGCCAGCCUUAAGAAAACAAGCCUCAAAUGACGGGUUAUUGAUUUUUUUUUUAAAGGCGCACUUCAGCCUAGAGGAGCUCGAUGAAUGUCGCAGAAUAUGCGCUUAUAUUCGCGCAGACUCCAGACUCCAGCUCGAGCUGAUCCCAUUGACAAUAAUGCCGGCGAAAGACCCGCUAAUUGAAACACUUAAAGUGUGCAUUCUGAAUUUAAAAUUGGAGGGCACAGUGACUGACUCAAGCCUACACCUGGCAUCGUGCUGUGAGUUCCUCGAACUCAUACUGCGAAAGGGACUACAGCAGCCCGUUCUCAGUCUGGCACAUAGAGAUUACUGGCAUUGUUUUGAACAGCUUCUGCAGCAUGACUCAUGUGGCAGGUUGAGUUCCAUCUCUUUGGCAGUACAACAGACUACAGCCUGCACCAAACUUACUAACUCUCAGGCCCGAGGACGCUUCUUCAUACGCCUGAUGCUGAUGAGAAAAACUCUGGGAAAUGUAGUAAAACAUCUAUUACACACAAACAGAGUAAUAGAGGUUAGUGUACACGUCAGUGUCUUUUCAUUGCAGUUGUAUAGCCCAUACAUUGCUAUUCUGAGAAAUGAGGAGUUUGUGGGUGAGUUUCUGUAUGUUUGUUUGUGUAAGGCCUUUUCAGUAAUCACUUUUUGUGUGUACACAGAUAAUGAAUGUCAGUUCUUUUCUUCGCAGUUGUAUAGCCCAUACAUUGCUAUUCUGAGAAAUGAGGAGUUUGUGGAACCAUUUCUCUCACUGUCUAUGGUAUUGUCAGAAAUGGAUUUUAAGCUUAGUAUUGAGAACUGCAGCUUCCUGGAUGAAAGCUGGCUGCUACCGGUUUGUGAAAUCUAUGAGACUGUUCCAUGUCGAGAGUUGGGGGUGGUGCUCAGGUACCUAGAUGGACGUGUGUUUGUGUUUGACUUGCUUCAGGGUAGUCAAGCUCAGGUGGAUAUGUUUGCAGAGCCUGGUGACAUCAUUGAUGAAAUCAAUGGAAUAUCAUUAAGGAAUGCUAGCAAUGGACAGGCAGGUGUGGUUCUUUCUAAGUUAAAGGGUCAGCCGCUUUCCAUUCGUCUGAUACGUUGGAGAGGAGGAGAUGGAUCCAUCUACCAGCCUUUGGUCAAACACUUACGACAACUCAAACAGGAAAAACCAUCUCUUCAGUUUGGCCCAAAACCAGCCUCUCACCAGGAUAGAACUGUGGGUCAGAGGAAAGGCCAGACGCAGUGUGUGAAAGACGGCAGGAUCCUGUAUGCCGUGCACCUCCUAGGAAAAGCAAACAUAGGAAUGUAUGGAGGUAAGGAGGUGUUGCAGCAUGCCAUUCCUGCUGUCAUGGAGAGCAAACAGGCAAGAAAGGAAGUACUGCUGGAUGUAAAGGAGACUCACCUUACCUGCACUGAUAAGACCAAUAAGCAGGAGCUGUUUCAACACCACUUCCCAGAGAUAUCAUGUGUUGGAAGGUUUGGAAGCCAACCUGAUUUGACCAUUUUUGCUUUUUGUGUAUUAGAUCCACCACAAGCGGGCAGACCAGCAGGCUUCUGUUGUGUGGUCCUACAGGCUGCCACAAGUAGUGAAUGUGAAGAAAUUGUUAACCGUAUAGCUGCUGGGUUCAAACACACAGAAUGGUUUGUAUGAAAAACCUCAACACUUGAGUGGACUGAAGAUCUAAUGAAGUUUACAUGUGUUUAUAAAGAAAAUAUAUGCUAUUGAUUGUAUUAGCAUUUAUGACAUAAGAAUAUUCUAAAAACGUAAUAGCCUGUGCAAUAUUAUUUUGAUUGAAAUACAUAAAAGACAGAGCCAAUGUUGUCUUUUUUGUUCCAGUCAAGAUUGUAUGUAAAAAAAAAAAAAGAACCUGGAUUAUUUUUGUCUGUUUUAAUAAUAAUACACAAGCAUUUUAAAACACUUUAAAACAAAUCACCUCUAAAAUAAGAGUAUGCAGUGGGGUCUAAAAGUCCUGAAACAGAUUUAA